UAUUAAAUAUUAACGUUGUAUCCAGUAUAUCCCCGCCUAGAUUUCCUGGUUUCUUGGUGAUUUAUAAACAAUAAUAUUACCAACCCGUAGACCAUUCACACAUUAUUUACAGUUUUAUCAAAACCAUCAUUCCUUGUUAUACAGUCAUUCCACGCAAGAACAUUUAAACAGUUUAUACAAUUCAACAAUAACAACAACAAAAAAUUGUGAUGAAUAUUACAUUUUGUGUUCAACAAAAAGAUGGUUCAUGUCUCUGAACGAUCGCUGACAUGAAAGUCAAAUAAUGUAUGGAAAUGUCAAGCAGGAUGAGUUCGAGCGUGCUCUAGAAAUUUCUAUGAUGAAAUCAAAUUUGAUCAAAUCAUUCUCAGAGGUUGAAAUCAAUUAUGAUGAGAAUGAGAAAGUACCAGAUAAACCACAGAGAUGGAAUACAGUUGAAAUAAACGGUGUCAAUUACAACAGAUGGGCCAAGAAUGCAGUUCAGCCAAGUGACUUGCCUGGAGUACCAUUACCAAGACAAGAUAGAAGAUUAAGACAUGAGGUUGGGAGUAAACCAGAGGAGCUAGAACCUUCCUGCUCUUCAUAUCUCAAGAAAAACUUCCAUUACUACCUGUGUUCUAUUCUGGUGCUGAUUGCUCUUGUUUGUUCAAUAGUACUGUACUUGCGAUGUGAGCCUACAGUAGUACAAGAACCUGUUCAGUAUACAGUAAGAAGUCUGAAUUUUAACUUCAGCAAAGAUGAAAGUCUUCCAUUUCAAACUCUGGUGAACACAACAUCAACAACAUUAACAGCAUCAACAGUAUCAACAACAUCAACAACAUCAACAACAUCUACAGCAGAAACAUUAUCAGAUAAAUCAACAACUUCUAAUAGAAGAUCAACAAAGAGACCUUUUUACUUUCCUGUCAAAGACCUUCUUCAACAAGAACAAUCUCCUUCGGCAACAAUCUUUAGAAAAGAGAGACAAGAACAGGACGUUCCCUUGAGCAGACAGGUUGAUACUAAACCCGGAAGUGAGAAUAAACCACUUGGAAGUAAAAUAUUGACAACUAGCUGUAUACUGCCCCUGGUUGCUCUAGUUACCUCGGCAAUUUCUCUUUUUGCCACAGCUGUUAUCAUUGCCAUCACUAUUGCCAAUAUUUUGACUCAAGAAUGAAUAUUGAAUCUAGAAAUAUUGAUAUAAAAGACAGUUUAUUUUAUAUCGUAGACAACACUUAAACUUUAUGAGGCCAUUUCUUCUAACAUUGCAGUGGUCGACCACAUAACGUCUCUCAAUUGUGGUCGUAUGAAUUAUCUAUCUAUCAGAUACGAAUUUAGCGGAAGACAUCUGGCGGCCAAACUAUCGUCCUCCAAAGUACUGUUUAUACAUUUUUAUGGAGAGAACGGGCUCAGGGCUUGGUUUUCUAAAUCGAAAAUAGUGAUUUCUCGAAGAAAGAAAGAGCUGCCACAGGGAACCAUUAGUGCAACUUUUUUCUUUUCUUUAUGGGCAACACUGUAUAUCAGACUAUUAUCAAAAGAUUUUUAAAAUGUCUGAUUUUGACAAAAUACUAGUUGCUGUAACAUCUGUAUAUCUGAGUCGUGCAAACUAUCAAAACACUUAAUGUCCGGAUUUCAAUUCCUUUUAAAAUUGUUGUGAGAAAAGGAAUUAAAUAAUCUUGUUAAGUGAGACUCUAUUUUAAGCUAGGUGCAGGCUCAAUUCACAGAGGUACCCUUUAAGCCUUCAUCUGUUAAAAUAAUAUCUUUGUCUUCACCUACAAUUGUUUAUUUUAGAAAAGGUUUGUCUUUAAAAAUGAUAUGCAGAUGUUGGCUGCAGAGGCGGCUAUGAAUGAAAUUGUCAGAAGUCAAUAUGUCAAUAUGUCAAUAUGUCAAUAUGUCAAUAUGUCAAUAUGUCAAUAUGUCAAUAUGUCCAGGUUAUUCAAGAAUUGUUAAAAACAUUUCUUCUGAUGACUGAAAAAACUGGUGAAAAAUUACAAACGACUUUACGCUCUAUUUAAUAUUUGUACACCGUAAAAAAUGUCUCAUUGGAAACAAAUGAGACCUUAAGUGUUUUUCAACUUCCAGUCUCGCCAUGUCACUCCCUUUAAAGGAUAUCGUUAUGAUUCAAGCUUACCCCUAGCUCUAGUAACGAAGGAUGACUUGAAUUGUUACAUUCACAGUUACACAAUUUCUAAUUUUAUGUUGAAUGAAAGGAUAAGAAGAUAUAUAAAAAAUAUUAGAAUAACCGGUCCUAGCUGUUUAAUCAACUGCAUUAUUCAUGAAUAAAGUAGAAACCAUCAUAAAAUAAAUACUAAUAGAACAAAAUCAUAUAAACUUGAACGGGUUCUCUUUAAAACUCUAGA